AUGGACAAUUCACCUACCGCGCUCUUCGAGAACUACGAUGAGGAUUUCAAGCAGCUUUUAGCAAGCUUGAAAGGCAAACUGGAGGGCGAUGUGAAGCAACUGAAGGGCGAGCAACGGAAAGCUGCCUUAAAGAAGGUCUCUGAAGAAUUGGACGAAGCAGAGGAGAUAGUCGCUCAAAUGGAAGUGGAACUGCCUUCAAUGCCGGUAUCCAUUCGACAGACGUAUCAUGGUCGAUUGGCGACAUCUAAACAAGGUCUCGACAGAGUGAAGAGAACUCUGAGAGACGUCAGGUCCGAAUCUCAACGUAGCGAGCUGCUUGCUGGUCCUGGAGGAUUCCCUAAUUCUGAUGAUCCCUAUUCCGAUGAUCCAUCAGCCUACUCAGCCCGUACAAGGCUUCUACAAGGCACCGAAACUCUAGCAGAUGGCUCGAGGAGACUCGAUAAUGCUCAUAGAAUCGCUUUGGAAACUGAGGAUGUCGGCGGGGAGAUCUUAAGAAACUUAAGAGGUCAACGCGAACAAAUCGAGCAUACACGAGAUACCCUCGUUCAGGCUGAUUCGUCCAUUGAUCGAGCAGCUGGUACGCUCAAGAAGAUGAUUUUCAAAAUGUAUCAACAGAAAUUCCUUUCCGCAGGAAUCAUCGUUGUUCUCGUCCUUCUGAUCUUCAUUGUCUUAUGGUCGAAGCUUUUCAGGUAG